UGGCUGCAGGGCGAGAUGGCACGGUGGGCACUGGCACUGGCACUCUGCCUGUCCCUGGCUGCGGUGGCAUCUGCUGACUGUGUCACCCAGUGUUCCCUCUGCGCUGCCCAGACCCACGGCACCGAGAGCAGCGUCCGGCCCCUGAUGUGUCUAUGGGAAUGCCAGGGCUCCUUGCCACCUGGCCCUGAGUGGGAGAUGUGCAGGAAGGCACUGGCACUCCUGGCCCCGCUGGUGGCCCUGGUUGAAGGGACAGACCCGUCACCACCGGAGGUGGAGGAGAACGAGGCAGAGCUGGAGCAGGAGUUGGGUCCCGGGGAGCAGCCACUGGCACCGGCCAAGCGCUACGGGGGCUUCAUGAAGAAGAUGUCCAAGGGGAAGCUGCUGUCCCUGCUCCGCGAGAACGCCCACAGCAAGGGCGGCCUCACCAAGAAGUUCGUGGGCUUCGGCCACAAGCCAGAGGAGCGGGCAGCCCCCGAGGACUACCCGGGGCUGGGGCCAGCAGGUGAGGGGAGUGAGGAGCCUACGAGUGCCGGGCCCGAGGGGCAGGAGCUGGCGCAGCUGCACAAGCGUUACGGCGGCUUCAUGCGCCGCAUCCGGCCCAAGCUCAAGUGGGACAAUCAGAAGCGCUACGGGGGCUUCCUGCGGCGGCAGUUCAAGGUGAUCACGCGGUCUGAGGAGGACCCCAGCGCCUACUCAGGGGAGGUCUUGGACCUAUAGAGCCAGGUGUGGGAUGACAGCACCACGGUCCCCACUCUGCCAGCCCCGACUGCUCCGUCGUCCCCAGCCCCGUCCCCUGCCCAGCCCGGCGUGGCUGGUGUCAUCCCUGCCUCAUUCCCCCAGUGAACCAUGGGUCCCAUCCCCAGUUGUCCCUCUCUGGUUCACCUGCCCAUCCCUUAGGAACUCUGUGCAUGGAGGGGACAGUGCCACCCCUCUGGCUGCUGGCGGUGUGGCCGUGGUCCAGCCCUAGGGCUCCUGGGGGCAAACUGCUGGAAACAUGUAUCCUCCGUUCUCCUGUGGCUGCUAAAGUGUAGCAGCAGGGUCUGGAAAUCAUCAUAGCUGAUGUACAGGGCAGCGGCCUCUGAGCACCGGGAAGGAUCAGGGAGGUAGCUCCCAUGGCCAUGGGCAGAGGUGGCUGGUGGCACCACAGCCCUGUCACUGGGUGCUCAAGCGGUGCUGAACCCAACCCUGACUCCCCUCGAGAUGCUCACCGUGUCCCACCCAUCCCAGCACCCUCCCGGUGCCCCUGGGCUGCCCCUCCAAGAACAACCCCAGAGGCAGGGCCAGCCCCACAUCCCGAUACCCAACUCCCCCUGCAGUCAAUAAAAGGCAGAUGCCAAUGAAGCCGAA